CCGAAGGUAGAUCGUUAUUAUAAAGUAGAUCGUGGCAACACUGCGUGCCACUUCCUUUUUCUGUAACUUUUACGUGCUGCUACAAUUCUUCCCAUUGUUCUACGUGAUUAUUUCCUACUUUAAAAGCAAGGAAUUGUAUUCGGCAGUCUCCUGACAAAACGUCCGGCGUACCGUGGCUUCACUGAUUGCUGUAGCAAAAGGUAUUGUGACUCCUAAAGACAUAAAAUUUAUGCUUGAAAUUCCAUCACAUCAUUCCUGGAAUUCAAAAAUUAAAACGGUACCAGCUCAAGGUCUCUACCUCUGCGAAGUGGCAUAUUCUAAGGACGAUCGGGACACGUUUAAAGAGCGGCUCGACUAAUUUUGCUUGCAAACAUGGUAGGUUCACGUGUGUAUGUAGGAGGGUUACCUUACAGAACGACGGAGCGGGAUCUGGAGCGUUUCUUUAAAAGCUAUGGUCGCAUGCGUGACGUUCUGAUUAAGAACGGAUACGGUUUUGUUGAAUUUGAUGAUUAUCGUGAUGCAGACGAUGCAGUUUAUGAAUUAAAUGGUAAAAAACUUUUAGGGGAGCGUGUGACUGUUGAACGUGCAAGGGGGACCCCGAGAGGUCGCGAUCAGUGGUCUAUGCGCAGUGAUCACCGCUCCCACGAACGUUACGGGCCUCCAGCUCGGACGAACUACAGAGUUAUCAUUGAAAAUCUCUCCUCGCGCGUCAGUUGGCAGGACUUGAAAGAUUACAUGCGACAAGCCGGCGAAGUUACAUACGCAGACGCACACAAAGAGCAUCGCAACCAAGGCGUUGUCGAAUUUGCCAGUUACUCUGACAUGAAAAAUGCCAUCGAAAAAUUGGACGAUACCGACUUGAACGGCCGCAAAAUCAAGGUGGUACAAGAUAAACGUUCGCGCAAACACUCCUCAAGUAGCCGUUCCAAGAGUGGUUCUCGCUCACGUAGCCGUUCCAGAUCGCCGGUGAAUGGUCACGGUAGCAAGUCACGAUCGCGCUCCGCCUCCCGUGGAAAUUCCCGCUCGGAUUCCAGAGAGAAAUCGGUCGAACGUUCAGACUCCCAGUCCCCAAGGAACGAGAAGAGGUCGCCGUCACGUGAGAAGUCUCGUUCUCGAUCGCGUUCCGUGAGUAAAAGCAAGUCGAGAAGUCGAUCUGCGGAUUAAUUAAGAAGUUAACGGACUAAAGUGACUUAUUUUGUAAGAUUUUGAGUUAUUUUUUUGUAAUCACUUGACGAAGUAGCAUACCUGAAGUUGUAUUUUCAAUUGUACUUGGUAAUAAAUAAUUGAUUGAUUUA